AUGGCGAGUCCACAGGUUCUUUUCCUGUGCUUCGUUUCAAUCCAUUCGGUCGCAAUCGCUGAUCUGUCUUCGGAGUUUGCUCAUCAUGCCGUCCUGGACCCAGCAGAAAAAAUGAAACUAUACUGGACCGUUGAUUGGGACGCAAAAAUGGUUUAUUUCGCUGUGGAGGCAGCAACCACUGGGUGGGUAGGAUUUGGAUUCUCCGGCCGCUCUGGAGCUAUGAUCGGAAGCGAUGUUGUUAUAGGCUGGGUGAAGAAUAACGAGGGAUAUCUUCGGGUAAGGAUGUAAAUCUACUUGUCUCAUUUCGGACUAAGGGAACGGAGCAUGUUUGGAUUUGUGACUUCUACUGUUAUGUAAAGCUCCCACUAAAUCUGCGCGUAGUAUUUCAUUUCAUUUCGAUCAGGAUCAGCAAUGUCAAUAGCGUGAUGUUUGUAAAUAGAAUAAGAGAGUUUUGAGCUCGGUAAAGAAAUAGGGAAAGAUGUUUUUCGUCUUGCCACGAGCGUGACAUUGCUGAUCCUGCAGUAUGCAGGACGUUUGUGAAAUUCGUAAUAGACCCUCGUGGCUCAGUGAUAGAACACCGGAGCGCGGAAUCCGAAGAUCUGAGGUUCGAUUUCUCAUGGGAACUUUUCCUUUGUCCAACGCUCGUGACAAGACGAAAAUCAUCUCUCUAUAUUUCUCUGCAGAGAUCAAAACUUACCAUCUCUCUUAUUCUAUUAAUAAGUGAUCAUGCUUUUACCGUUCUUGCAAAUUCAACAGUCAUUUCCACUCAUUUAGUCUUUUUAAUGAGAGAUCAGUUUGGGACGUGUCAAUCAACCAUGUUUGACACUUUGAAGUUUAUCGACCGACGUUUUUACCAAGCUGUUAGGGGUGUAAAGUACUCGUAGGUCAAGUGAACACUCUCAUUCCUCUAUAUGAACUGUCUUUUAUUCAAUCAUCAGGAUAAUAUAUAUAACGUAUGACACUCGUAAUCAGUUAUUUUACUUUCACAUAGGAGAGUAGAUUUACGGCGCGAUUGGAAGUUCCUUCCAGUAGAGACCUUAUGUAACGCAAUAUACAACAAGAGAGAGGUUUGAAUAAGCGCUUCCCUCUGUACUUAUCUUUUAUUCCGUUACAGGAUCGUUUUGCAGAUGAAGAAAAACUUCCACCAGUCGAUGAACAGCAAGACUACAAACUGACAGGAUUUGAAGAGAGUGGAGGAAAAACUGUGCUUAAGUUUAAGCGAGAGUUUGACACGUGUGAUUCGCGCGACAGGAAGCUGGAGGUAAGUGUUGGGAUUUUGUACCAUGUCGUUACGACAUAAGGGAACGCGUUAUUAAGAUUGACAGUUUUGAAGGCGUAUCGCCUAGAUAUGUUAUUCAUCAAGCAAUACGACAAAAACAGGUUUAUAUUACACGAGCAAAGAACCCAAUCGAGACAAAAGGUAAAAGCGAACAGGUCUUCAGUCAGAAUAAUUGUGUAAGCGAGAGAGGGUUUGCUGUUCUAAUAAAUUAGUUUAGGACAGUGAGUGUAAGGACGGAGUCGGUGCCAUCUAUUUUUCUUGCUAUUUCCCCUCCCCCUCCCCCCCUUUUUUUCCUUUUUCGGAUUUGGUAUUCCCAAGCCCACACAUAGUAAAAACUGAACUGCUGAGUCUGGGCCUUAAACAAGAUAAACCAAAAAAAUCCUGCAACUCGCUCAAAAAAAAAAAAAUAAUAAUAAAUACAUGAAGUCAGGGUUAGGAAGGAGGAUCUCCCGUUAUUUUUCCACUGGACAAUUAAAAUUCAUUCAUGCUGUAGAUACAAAGUAAGAUUUAGAAACAAAAAAUUGAGAAUGUAAUGUGGUUAAUUUUUUCGCUUUUGUUCCGGAAUGGAAAAGAGUUAAGUAUAUCUGACUACCAUAACAAAAAUACUGUUGUGAAGAAGACCAAAAUGGAAAUAUAAAUGUUAAAUGCUCGCCUAAUUUCUGGAUAGAGCUUGUGUUAUCGGCUAAGUAGAAGUUGUUUCUGUCUCCCAAGUUUUUUGUCUAAGAUAAUAGUUAGGUAGCAUUGCCAAUUCAUGAAAUGUGAUCUCGAACUCAGAUCAAACAGCUCAGUUUUACAGGAAACUAAGCUUGAUCAUGAAUUUGUCGCUGGUGCAGCUAAAAGGAGAGAGUAAGUCACGAAGUUUACAUCUAUAAGCUUUAAGAACAUGUUUAAUCAUCACAUCGAUAUUACGAGAUAGCAUCUUGCAAGCUAGCAAACUUUAUUUCUCUGAUCACCGGUCGGUGUAUGUUCACAGGCUGGAGCUACCAAAGUUGUGUUCGCAUAUCAUGACGAUGACCCGGCCUCAGAAUCGAAGAUAAAGUAUCACACGUUCAGGGGAAGCAGGACACUUAUGCUUCUUAACAGCAUGGAUAAAAGAAACAUCAACGAAACUGGCUGGCUCUCUUUUCCUAUAACUACUAAGAACGUAAGAACUAUUCAGUUAUUGUUAAUACCGUCUAGCAUGCCGUCGAAGCCUGUAAUUAUGAAAUUUCGUUAAUUGCUGCUCAUUUACGAGGAUCAGUUAUUUACUUUAUUUAACUUGAAAAAUAAUUUAUUUCGUCUGAUUUUGAUCACACUUCUUAACGGGAACGAAGAAUCUGUACUUCUUCUUCAACAUGCACAUAUGGCUUGGUAACUAAGUCGGUAGAAAUGCCAAACUAGUUACUGUGGAACUCUAACACUUAAGUUUCUUUAAUCGCAACGAGGAUCAUUUCUUCAAAGACAUUUUUACACCGAUUAGUUUGAGAACUUUUUUGACCACUAACACUGAGCUUAGGCUAAAGUUUUCAUGUUUUAGUAUUUUAAAUCAAACUUUCUGAUUUGCUUUGAAGGUAACAAUCCCUGCCAAGGAAACAACUUACUGGUGUGCUCUGAUCAAAGCUCCCGAACUGCAAUCCAAACAUCACAUCACAAAGGUAUUAGCACUUGUAAUUACCCGGAUAAAUUCGGACAUUUAAUUUCUAGUGAAAAUAAAGUUACAUUUUAAUACUCUUCAACUUCAGCUCGAAAGUGAAAAUAAAAGAAAUUAACACAUCAUGGCUACCAAACAUAUGUGAAUAAUGCAACUGAAACCACCUGUAAACAUACGACUAAAGAAUUUUGAAGGGUUAUCUCAUUAUUCAUUCAGCCAAUUAGUCCAGAAAUUGGUGUCAUCGAGAUAAAAAAAAUGGAACAGAGAAGGAUACUCUAAUGUCAGUUAUUUAUAAAUAGUCUCUCAAAAGGAAGUAAGUAAGUUUCGUGACAUCCGCAUGAAAGUUAGUAACUACCUGAUCUUAGUGAAAUCGACAUAUCCUGGCCAACGCCCCAAUUUUCAGUCUCUUUCCCAUUAUUUCCUCUUGGUGUCGUGCAAUCCAAGCAUAAGCAUGCUCUUAAUUACAAAUCGCUCGGUCAGUUUGAACUGACUUACAGCAUUACUUCCUUAAUUAUACACCAAUCAGUCCGGUUGCCGUUUGUUUUCUUCCUUGCCUGGGUGGUUCUUGUGCGUCAUUUCAUUUGUUGAUUUUCUAUAAAUAAAUCAUGACUAAUACUGGAGAUGUGCUUGACUAUUUUAACGUAUAGGAAGAAGACUUUUCUAUCCCCUCGUGCUUGUCACAAUCAUAAAACAGUCUGCAACUCUUAAUUUCCUUCUGUUUUGUAGGUCGAACCACUUGUACAGAAAGGCAAUGAAGGUUUUGUUCAUCAUCUUAUUCUUUACGAAUGUGAAGGAAACUUUACUGAAAAUGAUUAUGAUCAAGGCAGGGACUGCAUGGACACAGCUAACAUGCCUUAUGCCAGGUGCCGAGAUGCCAGUAUUGUCGUCGCCUGGGCUGUUGGGGGAGAGGUAAAAAUUCAAUUUUGUGUAAGCCUUCAGUUAACGUGAUUCCUCAGCAAUGCGCAUCCCGUAUUGCGCAUAACAUCAUGUAUUUAGGCGAAUAAGUGCGCGGUACCAUCUCUGCAUUACUUCCUCGGGCCCCAUUACCAUUGGCAUUUUUACCCUUUACAAAUUCUCCAUACUAGUGCCGCUAAGAAGAUGCGAGAAGUAUUCUUGUCUCUUGAUCCUAAACUAACUGGCAGUUUUAAGAAUAACGUGAAUUUCGUCCUGGCAGUGACGAAAUUCACUCGCAUGGAAGGGCGACUUCGCCUAAUGAUGACGAGCUCCUAAAGGCUGUCAAACUUUUCAUUCAACACAUUUCUUUAGAUGAAGUACUAGCAAUAAAUAUAUGUACCUAGCUUAAUUUCUUUGGCCAGACACUUAAAAUCUGUUUAUAUUUGCCAAGCAAACUAAAAAAAAAGGCGCUCUCGACAUUGUACCAACAGUAAAUUGUAGGCAGGCAGCCUCUUGUUAUGUAUGCACUUAGUAACAGUAGGUCACUAUAGAGUUUUCUGUCUCUUCGUGAUAGAGCAUCAAAGCGUGAAAUCCGAAGGUCUGUGGAUCGAUCCCUAGUGGGAAGCUCAGAGUUCUCUUUAUUUGACAGCUCAAAAUUUACUAAGAUCUUCUAAAGUUCUAUGAAUUAUUGUGCUAUUUUACUCCAUCUUUGUUUUUGUUUUUUUUAACAGUCGUUUUAUUACCCUCUGCACGCGGGAUUUCCACUCGGCGCAGAUGAUUCACCCAAGAAUUUCCUGUUGGAAAUGCAUUAUGAUAAUCCAAGCAAUGUACCAGGUAAGGAGCUUAUACUUGUCUGAAGUUUGCUUGGUAAAUUGAGUCUCACUAAGGAAUAAGUGAGAGUUUUGUGGUGAUUCAUUGAGUGAGUAAAGAUGAUCUAAAAUCAAAUUUAGACAAUUGCCUAUGAUAAGUGGCAGACUCGAUAAAGGAAUUUAGGGUUUUAUCGCACUCUUGCGCUGACAAAGUUGUCUAUUUCGACUAAUUUUUUGCUGGAUAAUGAAGUGGUAUUUUACCGUGAGAUAUGCUGAAUGUGGAUCACAUCUGAAGAGUUGGAGAGAGUUUAAUUAAAUGUUGUGUCAUCAAUGACGACGCAACGGCGGGAAUAUUGUACCUCUUUCCUCAUACAAGGGCUCCUUUUACAACUGCUUAUGCUUUUCGUAUUCAUCUUCAAUGUUUAAGGCCGAGUUGACAGUUCAGGUGUUCGGAUUUAUUACACCGACAAACUUCGUAAGUAUGACAGUGGAAUUGUAUCAGUAGGAGUGAAAGUAAAUAACUGGCACAUCAUACCCCCCAAACAAAAGGACUGGCUAAGCAUUGGAUACUGUACAGCAGAAUGCACCGAGGUAUGGUAUCAUUUAAUUCUUUGCGGUGCUUAAUUAAGCUGACACAUUGUAUAUACUUUUUUUUGGGGGGGGGGUGAGGGGGGGGGGGUGGGAGGGAGAGAGAAGAUUACUGCUAAAUCUUCAAGGUUUAUUUGUUGUUGUUUACAUUUAGCAAGUUCUCUCGUUAUUGCUGUUGCUGUUGCUGUUGCUGUUACUGUUGUUUUUGUCGUUGCUGCUGUCGUUCGGAGCUAUGAAAACUCCGAUCCAAAGUUAGAUUCAGUUUGUAGGCCUCCUUCAUGGUCAAAAUACUUAAAGCUGGGUCAUAAGCGACGAAGGAGAAGGAGGAUUGCAUAUCUAUAUCGAGACCAAAUACGUAAUUUAGGAAGCCUUGACCAAAUUUUCGCUGAGUGUGCGAAUUUUCAAUGAUAAGUUACUCAGAAAUUUAUGUGUAGUGAGGUGUAAUCGAAAAGAAAAACGAAAGAGAUGAUCUAUGAUACGUCAAAGACUGUGCGGGGUACAACAUGAUGAGUAAUCGCACAUGUGUAUGACCGAAAAACUGGCGUCUCAUGGAAUACUAUUUCUGUUUCAGUCCAUCUUUAACUCGACGUCUCUACAAGGGGGAGGCAUCAUUGUGUUUGCCUCCAUACUUCACACUCAUUUGGCUGGUAAGCUCACCUUCGACGAGGAUAACAGUCAUUUAAUGCUCGAAUGGAUAAAUUAUUUCUUGUUCGGGUCCUUCGGCCAAAAAACUUUGGUAAAGUAACGAAUCGGGGGGGGGGGGCAGGGAACGUAACCCAUUAACCCCUACUUCGUACGCUUCCGCCCCUUUUGUACAGGAAUCUGUUAGCAAAUGAAUAAACAAGCAAACACAGAAAGCCCUAAUGGAAGUUGGAUUACCGAAAUCAUUUACUUGCCUUUUUAGUUCUUCUCUGAUAUCUGUUUUCUGCUACAAUUCUACUUACAGCAAGUUCACUUCUCUUUUCCUUAAUCUCUCUGUCUCUGAUCAAGUCCGAUGGACUUUGAUUCUCACUGACCAAUAAAUCUAGAGUACAUGCUUUCAUAGACAAUAUUGGUAGGCAUGAGAGGGCGUGCGGGCCAAAUAACCGUGAAACACUACACAUUUAUUAUCAAAACGCUAACUCAAACAUUUUCAGAUGCACCUCACGAAUUAGUGUAGAUCCAAGGCAAGAUCGGAAGGCAAACCAAACGCGUCCGUUAAUAGAGGACACUGGAAGACUACCAGAAUCAGAGAACUUGUUGAGAUGGCUAAAACCCAAAUAAAUUUGGAUUUUGAGUUCAUAUCUUAACUCAAAUGCUGGAUGUAAACAGAUCACCAUAAAAUAAGCAACUUACUAAAUGCUUCACAAAAUAUGAAACCACCGAACUUUCUCUUAAGUUUAUUUCCCUUCAGCUCUCUCAAGUUUAAAGGCAGGUCUUCCAAAAGAUAAUCGGAGAUUUCGUCGCCCCAAACUCUAUUGGGAAUCCCGGUUUUAUUUUUUUCCCCACUAUGUUUAUGGCUACAAACAGAUAUUUAUUACACCGUUACUACCAUCAUUAAUUUGUGUGUUGUCGCGUGCGUACGCUGCAGAUGAAAAAGUAUUCUCUUUGAAUACUAACGCAUUCUAUUCAUAGGUCGAGCUAUAUGGACUAGACAUAUUCGAAAUGGAAAAGAACUUCCAGAAAUUGCGCGUGACGAUCACUACGACUUCAAUUUCCAGGUAGGGGUACUGUUGGUGCACUUAAAUCUUACGAACAGGAUGUGCUCUGUGAAGAAGUACUACCCGGUACUUCUUUUCACUUCUCAGCCAGAAAUAAUAAAAGCAGGGGCUAGAAACAUUUCCUGUUGGGAUGUCAGGCAGACACAUCCUAAAAUAGUUUCUUGCUGGUAUUUGUUGGCAUGGUUGUUUUGUCAUCAUAGAAUAUAAUGAUUUCUUAACAAAAAGGGAAAUCCAUGCAAAUUAGGAACUUCCGUCUUCCCCUUUUCUUCCACCUUCCUUCUCCUCCAAACGCGAGCAACACCCCAGCGAACAAUGAUGCCAUUCGUUCUUGUUCACAGGACACACAAGUUCUCAGAAAAGAAAUCAACAUUCAGCCGGUGAGUAUACAUGUAAAAUACUACAUAACCGAUGAACUACAUUUUCGAAAUAAUGUUACCAAUAUUAUCAUAUGUAAGUCAUUGCAUGCUGUAAAUCAGUGCUUGACAUAACCGAUGCUCUUGUUUUGCCUUAAUUUUUCCUUUAAGGGAGACGAAAUGAUUCACUACUGCAAAUACAAUUCUAUGGACAGGGAUCAGCUAACGAAGGUAACAAUUAUAACGAUCCGUUUUCUAAAAAGGUGAUGAUCUUGCUUCAUAGUUUCAUUAUUUUAAACAGGACGCGAACCAAUGUGUUACAGUCCUGGUAAAAGACCUUGGAGCACCCUAGGAAAACACGCAAAAAAUUGUUUCCCUGAGGACCGCUAAUUUUCACUUAUCCACCCUUCCAAUCGUCCUCAAUAACUUAGGAAUUAAUGCAGGCUACAUUGAUUGCACUGCUUCUUUCCCUACACCUAUCCAUAUUUAGGGAGGCGUUGCUUCGAGAGAAGAAAUGUGCUUGGACUUCUUGUUCUAUUAUCCACGUGUACCCAAGAUCAAAUUGUGUCAAAGUACUGCAUAUGGUCCUCCAUACAAGUUCAUCAAAAAAUACUUGUGAGUCUCGUUUAAAUUCGUAUUUGACAUUUCAAGGUUGUUGUAUUAGUUGGACGGUUCCCUUCCCUACCCCCUCCCCCCCUCCUCCCAGGCUUCUCAGAUGUUCUGUGGGCUGACAGCCAACUGUGUUUUGAAAAAAACUGCAUGUCCUCGUGUUCUUUAAAAAUGAGCCAGAAAAUUAUGGUUUGUUCCCUUGACUAAACAAGGUGCAAUGUACGUUUUUAACAUGUCAUGCCACCUGAUUCCGAGAAGAUCAACCUGCAGACUUGUUCCAUCAAUCGAUAACUAUUGGACCAACUUGUUUAGUAUUUUGUAUUUUGUCAUUAUUCAACUAUUGAAAGCUCAACAGAAAUCGAAGCCGUACGCUUAAACAAUAGGUUCAUUUGUGAUAUACACGCCUCGUGCAUAAUGUUUGAUUUGCAAAUGUUAAAAUAUCAAUGGCUGUGAAUAUAUGAAAAUCAUAUAUGUGAACUGCGGAUAAAGACGUGAAUAUGAAAGCGAUCUUCGCAGUAAUAAACACUACUUGAGAAGUAGCAAAAAUAAGGCCUGAAAAAAAUUCAGUAUGUUAAAGUAACCUGUGUGGAAUUCGCUAGCGAGCAAAUAAAUAUUUUGUUUAAAAAAAAAAAAACUUUCACGAGCAUGGCGAUAUGCUUGAUUAUUCGUUUGUUUGAUUUGGCCUUGACUCCAGGAAAGAUGCUAACUUAACCUCUCCAUACCGUAAUCCUAUGACCAAAACGUCAUUGGACUGGACUGAUGAAAUGGUGGCUGACUUCAAAGAGUACAACGAAGAAGUUCAGAGAGUAUUUCCUCGUUGUGGUAUUCGUAAAUUUUCCUCUGUUACUGUAAGUAUCCACGUUUCUUCAACAUCCGACCCUCCAAACCUUACCUGUAAGUUAAUGAGUGAGGCAAACUUGGCCAUGACGAAAUUUUCUAAUGGAAGUGACUCCAGAAGGGGAUUUCUGACCAUGUUUUAUCUACAGAUGUAUAAAGCGAACGCCUUAUUCCUUGACAAGGCCAUUUUUCUGGGCAACAUUUUGAGUACAGAUGCGAAAACAAAAUUUAAAAUGGAGAAUAUUCCAGAGAUAAUUGCACUGCCGAGUUGUGGAAACUCGAUACUUAUGCACAACCACAGUCGUCUCGAAGUUCAAUUUUUAUUAUUACACUUUCUUCUGAAUUGACUUGCGCUAUAUUUGUUUUCCUCAGGACACAAUGAAUCCAAACUUCACGGUGCCGAUACCAAAAAUCGCUGAGCCUCUUCCAGCCGAGAAGUCCGACUGUCCACCAAUCCCAGUUGCUGCAGGCCAGCGCAUGUCACCUGGGGUUUUCGCAGCGUACUUUGGGAUACUGCGUGCUGUCUUUUGUAUUGUAAACCAAUGA